AUGAUUUUACUUGAUUUGAUUGGACCAAACGACAUUCCGGCCAAGAAUCGGGAUAAAAGUUCCCCCACCAAAGUCCGCGUUCAAUACAAACAAAAUGAUCCCACACAAGAGGAAACUCUCACAAAUCUCAGAAAACAAAGAUUUAGCAUGAUACCAAGUUUCUUGCAAUCUGCUGCGUCAAGUGAAAAAAUGCGACAUCUAGAUAGUACGAGCCUGGACUUGGAUGAUCAUGAAGAUCUGAGGGCUGGUACCAGGAAAAUCAAAAGUGUGUCUAACAAUUCUGAUACCGACGAAGAAUCAUCUGCUGCAAAACGAGAUGAAGUUCAAGAGAUCCGCAAUCGUUCUCGUAACGCGGAUCGCCAUGUCCAACUUUGGCGCUCGGCUCUACUAUCUCUGAUUUCAGUGAUCGGGACGGCAGUGUGUGGACUCACAUUCCACUUUUUGCACCUGGAGGAACAAAAGGCUUUGAACCUCGCGUACGAUCAGUUCUCUGAAGCCCUCGCUGAGACCGCCAUUCGGCAGCAGCAAGACAUUAGCGAGGGCUUCCGUACCUUUGCCACAAUCAUCUCUGACUACGCUGCUGCAACCAACCAGACUUGGCCCUUCGUGCAUCUCCCGAAGUUUGGGGCCUAUGCCGAGCACAUAUUGAAGAUUUCUGGAGCAGAAGCCACUGUUUUGUUCCCCCUCGUGACAAAAGAAAACAAACAAACCUAUUUGAAGUAUGCCGACAACAACUACGAACAGAUUGUCUACGAAGCACACAUGAUCGAAAAUGGCAAUCUGGACGAUUUGAACCCAGUCGGAUACAAAUCGUUUUUCACUGUGGGUUCAAAAACAGGAUUUGUUGAAGAUAUUGAUCGCGAAGUUUAUUUUCCCUUGGGGCACUUUUCGCCACCCAUGUUCUCGUACGGAGCCUUCAAUUGGAAUGUGGCCAGUGUUCCUGACUACGCAAAUAUCGUGGAGGCUAUCAAAGUAUUGAAACAUACUGAGCCCUUGAUAUCAAAAGUUCGACCUUAUGCAACCGCAGAGCUAACAUUGUCCAAUGAAGAACAUGCUGCCAUGCACAGUGAGAUUGAAGGAUCUUCGACAGAAUUUCCUCAUAGCUUUGUAUUCACUCCAGUGUAUUUGGAUUCGGAAGACACAGACAGUCCAAUUGUUGCUGUCAUUGGCUCACCAAUGGCUUGGGAUUUCUCUUUCCAGAAUCUUCUACCAGAAAGUGUGAUUGGGAUCCAUGCAAUCCUGAAGAAUAGCUGCGGUCAGAGCUUUAACUACGAAAUAAAUGGCCCGGAUGCUUUCUAUCUCGGAGAAGGGGAUAUGCAGCACGCCGGGCUCGUUGAACACGAGCGCUUUGUGAACCUUGCCCUUCACACUCAUCCCGAUUUUGAAGCCAUACAAGGACACUGCAUGUACUCGAUGCACUUGUAUCCCGACAACAAGUUUGCAAACUUGUAUCUGACACCGGUGCCACUUUUGUACACUGUUUGCAUCGCCGGGUCCUUUGCCUUUAUGAUUGCAGUGUUCUUCGUGUACAAUUCGUUUGUCCACAAGCGAAACGAAACUCUGGUAGCGAAUGCAGCGAGAUCAAAUGCUGUCAUCACUUCUCUUUUCCCUGACAACAUUCGCAACAAGAUCAUUGGCGACGAAAGCUACAGGAAGAACCCACGAAACUUCCACGAGCUCCUUGAUCCAACGAGUGAUCCACUUACUGACUUGUCGCGACCACCGCUUGCCGACUAUUUUGCGACCACGACUGUCAUGUUCGCUGAUAUCUGUGGCUUCACUGCGUGGUCAUCUGUGAGGGAACCAUCGCAAGUAUUCACUUUACUGGAGACUGUCUAUGGUGAAUUUGACCGCCUCACCAAACACAGCAAGGUUUUCAAGGUGGAGACCGUCGGUGAUUGCUAUGUUGCUGCGACCGGAAUUCCAACAUAUCGCAAAGAUCACGCUGUGCUGAUGGUAAAGUACGCCCACAAGAUAUCUUGUGCCAUGAAGCAUAUGGCACAAACGUUGGAAACCAAACUUGGACCCGACACUGCAGACCUGUUGCUUCGAAUUGGUAUCCACUCAGGACCUGUUACCGCAGGUGUCAUUCGAGGAGAGAAGGCGAGAUUCCAAUUGUUCGGGGACACAAUGAACGUGGCAGCUCGAGUUGAAAGCACGGGUGCUGCAGGUCGAAUCCAUGUUUCAUUGGACACGGCGGAUCAUCUACGAAAGUGUCAAAAGGGUCAUUGGCUAGUCAAACGCGAGGGAACAAUCAUCGCAAAGGGAAAGGGUGAUCUCCAAACGUAUUGGAUUGGUCAAAGUGCAAGGAACUCUACCGGGACCGGCUCCGACACCGUGUCUACUUCGGAUAGAAGCAACACCAGUUUCGAAGAAUCGUUCCAUGCAACAUUUGGAAACCAGCCUGAUGAUACUUGCGAUCGCGAAGAUAGGCUAGUCGAUUGGAAUGUGACUGUAUUCACUGACAUUCUCAAGCAGAUUGUUGCAAGAAGGAAUGCCUAUGCUGCUGCUAAGAAAGAUUCGAACGACCUGUCGGCUGUGGAUCUCGGAAUUGUUGAAGAUAUGAAGAAGGACGACUUCAAGCCACUUCACGAUGUCCGAGAAACUAUUUGGCUUCCGGAAUUCGACCAAGCAGUCGAAGACUCGCAGGAAGAUGCACAUACAAUCGACAUCCCAACCAGUGUCUCAACCCAGUUGCGCGAUUUCAUCAGUACAAUUGCUAGUCUGUACAGAUGCAAUUCCUUCCACAACUUCGAGCAUGCAAGUCACGUUACUAUGAGCGUCAUCAAGUUGCUAUCGAGAAUCAUAGCUCCGACCGACUUUGAAAUGAUGGAAAACGAGAACGAAUCUGACGAUGAUUCCUUCCACGUGAAAGCAAACCUGCAUGAUCAUACUUACGGCAUUACAUCGGAUCCUUUGACUCAAUUUGCCUGUGCAUUUGCUGCUUUGAUCCAUGAUGUAGAUCACGAAGGCGUAACCAAUGCUCAGCUGGUGAAAGAAGGAGCCGUCGUCGCGGCCAAGUACGAGAAUCGUAGUGUGGCCGAACAGAACAGCUUUGUGCUUUCCUGGAAUCUUUUCAUGAGCGACCGUUUUGCAACCCUUCGAGAGCACCUUUGUGCCACUCCAGCUGAAAUUAUCCGAUUCCGAGAGUUGGCAGUGAACGCAGUCAUGGCAACAGACAUCGUGGACAAGGACUUGAAGAACUUGCGAAACAAUCGAUGGGACAAGGCAUUCAAGAAUCAAGGUAACAUCGAGGAACUUGACAAUGAGAGCCGUGAGAGUAUCAAUCGGAAGGCAACGAUUGUGAUUGAGCACUUGAUUCAAGCAUCAGAUGUCAGUCAUACGAUGCAGCAUUGGCAUGUUUACCGAAAGUGGAACGAGCGUCUGUUUCAUGAGAUGCAUGCGGCGUACGUCCAGGGUCGAAGCGACUCGGAUCCUGCUUUGACAUGGUACAAGGGCGAGAUGGGCUUUUUCGACUUUUACAUCAUCCCAUUGGCAAAGAAGCUGGAGAGCUGUGGCGUAUUUGGAAAGUCUAGCGACGAGUUUCUGAACUAUGCCAGAAGCAAUCGCGAAGAAUGGGAAAUUCGUGGAGAGGAGAUUGUGGCAGAGAUGGUGGCAAGCCUGAAGAAGCGUCCUGCAACGAACUCCAGCGUGUGA